AUGCAUCCCGAGGAGCUGAAAUCGAAAGCAUUCGUACUGGAACCUCAGGUGCAGCAGGACAGUGGUUUUGUCGGAACGGGACAGGUGCCAUAUCUCAACCACCAGCAGCAACAACUGUUCCAGCAGCAACAGCAGCAGCAGCAGGUUUUUCAGGAACAACAGCAUCUUUUACCGCAGUAUCACCAACAGCAGCAGCAGCAGCAGCAGCAUUACCAUCAUCAACAACAACAGCAACAACAGUAUCAACAGCAGCAGCAACAUUUCACCCGACAGGCAGCGACUUCCUGCAUGCAGGACAAGUACAGCGGUGGCAACGCACUACGUGGGCAGCUCCCGAUGGAAUGGGGUGACGGUCUGGCAACGGAUCGCGUUAUUGCCGGCGGUGGUGGUGUCACUGCCGGCACAUCGAUGACACCUGGCCUUGGGCAUCAUCACCACGGGGCCCAAAAUCCACUGCAGAGCACGGCGGACGUUGUGGUCGGACCGAACGCGUUCGUUACGCACGGGUACGGGAAUGAGACGGCGACACAGGGCCACCAGCGCCGGAUGAUGCCGUCGGUCGGUGUGAAUCAGUACGCCGGUAACCGUGGCGUAGAUGCAUCCGGUGCGAGCACUUCCGGGGCUUCCUACUUUCACGAUCAGCUCGGUACGCAUGCCCAGUCCGUGGUUGGUACAGCGAUGGGACACUUUGUCGGCGUGGACGCAACAAACGCAGGCGGUUAUGGAACCGGAGGUGUAGUGUCCGGUGGUAUAGUACAGGGUGGGGGUCGUACAGUGGGCCCAAUGGUGGCGAGCCCGAAUGCUGCCUCACCGCCGGGAGUGCCUGGAAUGGGGGGCGGUAAUGCGUACGGUCAUACGGCAGGUACACCGACACAUGUGGCUGCUUACAUGCAGCAAGGUUCCCCCAGCGGUAUGCAACGGAUGAACGACAUGGGCACGAUGCAAACAUCCGUCGGUUCGGCCGGUUCGAUAGUUGCCCAGCAACAACAGCAACAGAUGGUACCGGAGCAUCGCCGGGCUCAGUUGCCGAUGCAUACAGACUUCGGGUCCAGUGCGUCUCGAUCACCUUUCCAGGCGGCAGUGUCACUUCCGUCCUCGAGCCCCUGCAUGGUGGAUGCGACCGGAGCAGGUGCACAAAUUGCCGCCUGUUCGAAACCUUCCGAUAUGGUCUUGAACAAUGAUCCACUGAAGGUGGCUAAUCAGAUGCCUGUUAUUGCCCAGCAGCAGACAAGAGCAUCACAAAUGUACGGUCUGCAGGGUGCUGGUCCGAUGGAGGUUUCGUUGGAGUCGGAGUUUACCUUCCCUGGGGUUGAUCAAAGCGCAGCAGAUAGCGUACAACAGCAGCAGCAGCAGCAACAACAACAACAACAACAACAACAACAACAACAACAACAACAACAACAACAAUCGCUUUCGUUAGCACUCGGUGGUAAUGGUCCAGCACCGGUAACCCGAACGGAUCCUCCAAACGAGCGCAUCACCCGCUCAGCAACAGCGAACAGCCGUGCCGCAGCCCGUCUGGCGGAGGAAGCUUCCGAGGAUUCGGAGGCCCUUGAAGAGGUGGUUCCAGCAGAUCCGCUUGCUACCAACGAUCUGAAUUCGGUGCUGGACGGUAAAAUGCUACAAGGAAACAGUUCGGCCAAGUCUACCAGCGGUAUGCUGUCACAGUCGGGUGGCAUUAACGAGGGCCAGCUGACUCCGGCGAUGGUGCUCGCACAAACAUCCGACCAGCCACGGAAACGGUCUGUCAAGCAUGUGCGCUUUAUGGAACCGACCGAAGAGAAUUCGUUCGAUGGAAUGCAAUCACAAUCACGGGCCAAUGUUGUUUCCCCACAUCCACUCGGACUUGGCCACCGUGAUGAUGACGAGGGCGAGGAAGAGGAAGAAGACGACGAUAUGGACGGUCUGUCGUUGAUGCAGAACCUGCCACCGGUUGAGAGCCUGUUGGUGGAAAUGGACGAACCGCUCGAUGACGAUGAAAACGAUGACGAGGAGGUGGAAAUGGAAGAUGAUGAUGAUAACGGGGGACGUCGUCGAAUGUCGGGACGUACGCGGGGACAACUAGCCGCACACCGUUCACGCUCGAAGCACAGUGAAUCUAUCGAGCUCGAGCUGGAACCACUGCUGCCGGAAAUUGAGAUGGGUGAAGGCGGCGGUACCGGCGAUGAAAAGGGCGACGACAACCGAAUUGCACCGGUAGCGCACGUCUGUCGGGUGUGUCUGUGCGACGAAAAGGUAGAGGGUGCCGAUGGUGAACAACAGCGGCCAAUGGAAUCGCUCUACUGUACGGUCGUGCCGGAGUAUCAGUCGCGCAGCCUCUACUCGAUCCUGAUCGCCGUGUGUCAUCCGUUGCAUCUGGGCAGCAAUGCCGGUAUGCCGGACCGGAUAUGUGUCCCGUGCAAGACAAAGCUGCUGGCCGCGUACGAACUGUACGAUAUGUGCCUGCGAAACGACGAGAUGCUGCGCCGAAAGUAUCAGGAAAAGUUGCUGCUCGCAUCCAGUGCUGCUGGCGGUGGUGGUGAAAUGCGCCGUAUCAAGAAAGAAAAGCUGGACAAUAAUGGCGUCGAUGCGAUCGGGGAUGACGGGGACGAGGAGAACUAUUAUCGUGGAGGUGUCUCCAAACGUGGUUCAAUGCAAAUGAACGAACAUGACGAUUCUUAUCUGUACGAUCGCCAAUAUCCGCUGCAUGCGGCCAGUACCGCGCGCAGGAACUCUACCAUCGCAGCCUUGCAAUCUCGUUUCCAACAGCAGCAGCAAUCACCCGGCAAAUGGGGCAAAUAUAAUCGGCAAUCGCAGCUCUCCGGUGCACCGAGCCAUCUGCGCAUACAUCAGGUCGCCAACGGGCCGGAAGCAUUGCGUCAAAUGCACGACGGCCGAACGAAGCAAUCGGCCUCCCGUUCACCGGCAAUCUACGAUUACAACUCAUUCCACAGAGUACUGCCAAAUGGGAGCCACCAGUGUACGAAGUGCUUCCGCGAGUUCAAAUACCACAGCUACUACAAGAACCACUACAUCAGCCAGCACGAUCCUAGCAAACCGUUCAAGUGCCGCAAAUGCCACUACACCUUCCUUACCGAGCGGUGGUUGAUCGUACACAUGCGCACACACAUUGCGUCGGGUGAUAUGAUGUCGACGAAUAGCAGCGGCGGUGGUGCGAUGGGUACGGAUUCCGGCACGAUGGAUUCCUUUGAUUCGUCUAUGGACGGCAGCGUGGAACGGCGCAAAGGUGUACGCGGGUUCGAAUGUUACUACUGUGACAUGUCGUUCCCGGCGAUUACGCUGCAAAAGCGACACAUGCUAGCGGUGCAUGCGGAUAAACAUCGUGGGCUGGAGUGUCCGAUAUGUCAGUGCCGUUUUGCAAAUCAGUCCAGCUUCCUGUUGCACCUGCAGGAGCAUAAGGAUCAGAAGCGAAUGCGCAGCAACGAGAAGCAGGAGGGUAGUGGUAAUGAUCCGCAGACGAAGGGUGACGAUGCAGCUGGCGUGCAAGUUAAGCGGGAACAUAUUUGCACCGUUUGCACCAUGUCCUUUGGGCGCGAAGCGUUGCUGUUCGAGCAUAUGCAGGAGCAACAUUCGGACGAAUUUUUAGCGAUGCAUAUGGAACAGGCUUUCAUGUGUGGCGUUUGUUUGACGGAGUUUAAUGAUCGUGCCGCGCUGGAAAACCACACGACCGCUUCGCACACUGAGGCAGAGCUGGCGGAAGCCGCCAAUAAGGAAAAGCCAGAAACAGAUACACCGAAAGCGGAAGGUAAGGAAGGAGAAUUGAUGGAUAAUAUCAAAAAGGAAGAGGAUAGUAAUACGGACGAACCCGACGAAGGGGUCGAAGCGAAGAAGCAAGUUUCGGCCGACGAUGCCAAGACAGGCGAUAAGGCACCGGAAGGAUGUUCGGUUGUAUAUAAGUGCAAGCUGUGCCAGGCGCGCUUCGUGACGAAAAGUUCGCUGCUUUCGCAUCUGGAAACGCAUGUGGCAGCGAUGAAACGCACUAGCGGUAAGCGACCGUUCGGUGAAGCGAUGGAAAAUGAUGGAGCGGACAUGGGCGAUAGUGUGGUCGACGAUGAAGAUUAUAGCGGCGAGGAGGAUGAUGAGGAUGAUGAGGAUGCGACCGGUGCAGAAAAGCGCCCCAAGCGCCCCAAAACACAAGACGACGAUGAUGAUACGACGGAAGAUAUGCCGAUCGAUCCAGACGAGAUUUCGUUCAAUCCAGACACGGGCGAGCAGAUGUUUACGUGUCAGGUAUGCGGUAAGGUCAUUAACACGGUGUCCCAGUUCCGGCGUCAUAAGCGUGUUCACUCGCCGAAGGGUCGUCCCUUCGAGUGUCACAUCUGUUUCUAUCGAUUCGCAAUGAAGUACAGCUACACGGCGCAUAUGUUGCGGCACGAGCUCGGUUGUAAUCCCACCCAGCCCACAACCUACCGUUGCUCGAAAUGCUCGGAGACUUUCACUCGCCGAAAAUUGCUUAGCCAGCACAUCGCGGCAAUGCAUGGACGUUGGUCGGCAGCGUCGAGUAGCUCGAUGUAUAGCGCGGGCAUUAAUGCGGGUAUGUCGAACCAUGGUGCGAAUGUUUCGGCCCGCGCAUCUUUGACACAAAUGGGUGGAACGUCGGCAAUGACUAGUGGCGGUAGUGGCAGAGGCACCCACACCUGCCCGAUCUGUUCGGAAUCGUUCACCCGGGAGAGCGUGCUGAAUGGUCACAUGAAGACGCACAAUCUAGAGGCAGCUCAGAUGCUACACUCGGAGGUGUGUUACUUGUGCCGGGUGUGUAGUAAAGAGUUUGAAUCUCGCGAACUUUACGAAGCGCACUCAACCGAAGCUCAUCCUGGUAUGAAAAUGGAACUGAUUGAGUCGGGUGUUGCUUCGGAUGAUCCGGAAGCUGCGGAUCCACUAAUAAAUGCUGCUGGAUCGGGACAGGAUGGUACGGACGGUUCGUUGAAGAAUAAAGAACGCACCAUCAAGGGUGAAGUUGGUGCUGAUGAUGAGGUAGCAGGCGAGGGUGAAGAGGAGGAGGAGGAUGAGGAACACAAAAACAGCUCCCAGAACGGUGGAUUUACCCUCAUCUUCAAGUGCAAACUGUGCUCGGGACGAUUCCUGAAGAAGAAAUCGCUCGACUGGCACCUGCAAACACAUCGAUCGAUUGCGAAGCAGGGUGAUGGUGUGGCUAUCCUUCCAGACAUUGGCCCGGACGCGAUCGCUGACCCUCCGAAGAUGAGCAAGUGUACAAUUUGUGGCCAGAUAUUCGACAGCGAGAUCCUUUUCCACGAGCACAUGCGCACGCAUCAGCGAGGUCCGCGCCCAAUGCAUAUGGGAUAUAUAUCACAAUCGGCUCCGACGCAAAGGCGCAGGCGAACGGGUGGACGUAGCAUCAUCCAGUGCGAGCUGUGCAAGAAAACUUUCAUGUAUCGCAGCCAGUUGCAUCAGCAUACUAUGCUCCACCAUCAGCCGGGCAAACCGUACGAGUGCAAGGUAUGUCACUACAGUUUCGUCCACAAGUUGAACUUGAAGCGCCACGAGCUAACCCAUCUGCGAGAACCGCCUCGGCCACAAAUGCUCGAUCAGGAGCAGGAUCAAGAUGAUCAGCUGGAUAAUUCGCACCUAUUACAACCGCUGGUGCUGAUGGAUGGGCCGGAGGACGACACGAACGUAAGUGGUCGUCAAACAGACCAAGCGGACGGUAACGGUGACCAGCUGCCCGGAUCGGUUGGCGCAAGUGGACGUACAUGGAAAAAGUUCAAAUGCGUUGUUUGCUCGCUGGUGUUUACGAAGCAGGAAGAACUCGUCCUGCAUCUUCAGACACAUAUCGAGCGCAUUAACGAGGCAAAGAAUCGAGGCACUGCGGUAACAACCUUAUCGUCAUCAGCAUCGGUGGACAUAGGAAUCGCUCCCACCGAUCGGCAAUGCAAGUUGUGUCACAAGGUGUUCAAGUUCAGCUGCCAGCUGAAGCAACACCAUCUGUUGCAUCAUGCGCGCGAAAAACCAUUCGAAUGCCGCACCUGCCACUAUCGGUUCGAGUUCAAAGGUCAUCUGGUGCGACAUCGGGCCAAUCAUCAUCCGAACGAGGCCAAGGAGGAUCACAGUAUGGAAAUGUCGAGUCCUUUCUUAACGUCCACUCCUCUCCGUGGAUCGUCCGGUCGUGGGGGAAACUAUGGCGAAGGUAGUAGCCAAAAUGUGCCAAAGUAUGGCGGUUUGGUAACGGACGAUGUAAUUAUUGCCCCGACUACCUCAUCCCCACGCUCGGAAAGCGGGUCGGCUGGUGUACCUACUCACCAGUGUCCGAUGUGUUCGCUGAAGUUCAUCAAGGCGCGGUCGCUGGCCAUGCAUAUGCGGAUACAUCUCGGUGGUCGUAAAUUGCGCCGUGUCAUACCGGCAUCAACGGCUGAACCGUCACCAACGUCGGAGGCAACGGGAUCCGAUAAGCUGGUGUGUCGUAUCUGUGCAGGAACUUUCCCAACGGCACAUGAGUUGAAAACGCACAUGAUGACGCAUAUUGGAAGCGAAGCAAUGGAUCUUGAGGUUCCGUUCGGCAUCAGUGCGUUCAACAUGCUGCACGAGAAUAUGUUUAACGAUUCGCUGGGAGGUGGAGGAGAAGCUGGAUCGUCCGGAGGGAUGGGAGGCGGGCCAGAGGAUCAAAGCAGUAUGGGUGGCGAUGGAGGUAAUAACAGCCGGACGGAGGGCGGAAGUACCGAUGGCGAUUAUCAUCAGGAUGAUGGUGAAGAUGGUAGCGGAGGCGAUCCGUUAUUCGACAGUUCGAAUCUAGAGCUCGUUCUCGAUGAUAAUAUUCUCGAUAAGGACUUUAACAUGCGAUAUCAGCAGCAAAAGCGCAGAGCGACCAAGACAGGUCACAACAACGGUGCAGGGAGGGAGGAUGAAGCGGAAGAUGACGAUGACGAUGAUGAGAAUGAGGACGAUAUCACGGACACGAACGAUGGGGAUGGUGGGGUCGGCGAGGAUGACGACGAAGAGGACGAGGGCGAACAGUCGUCCGCAUCGACCAUGGCCAGCUUUCAGCGUAACAUGAAUCUGAUGGCGACGCACCGUUCACGUCUUGCUGCGUCGGCCGCAUUAUCAGCCCGCCUGCAAGCAACACCGUCCGCAUCUUCCUCGCAAUCGUCGUCAUCGAACAAGGGAAAAAUUGUGUGCGAGCUGUGCAAGAAGGAGUUCCUGUACCCAUGCAAUCUCAACCAGCACAAGCAGUUACAUCAUUCGAAGGAUAAACCGCACGAGUGCCGCGUUUGCCACUAUCGGUUCGAAUACGUCGGACAUCUGCAACGGCACAUCCGGCAACAGCACGAAUCGAUGGCGGAGGAACUAUUGACACCGGCGGAACCGCAAACGUUCGAUUGUACCUUCUGUGGCGAAUCGUUUGAUGCAAAGCCUCUAUUAACCGCACACGUUCACACAAUGCAUAGAGGUGAGAAGCCGUUCCAAUGUGACAAGUGUCCGGCAACGUUUAGCUAUAAGAAAUCGUACGAAACUCACCGAGAAGAGCAUUACUUAAAAGCCAGUAAUGGAGCCUUCAAGUGUAGUUUCUGCAAGAAAACUUUCAACAGCGCACAAAAAGUAGACAACCAUGUUUGCAUACAAUAG